GUGAUGUAAUAAUUCAAGAUGGCGGCGGCUUCUUCGCUUUCAAGUAUGGGAGAAGAAUACGUUUUACCGAGCACAAACAGCUCAAAACCUUAUCAGUAUUUAGUGGAGAUUAUCGGCCUCGAUCACAACUACUGCAGGCCGUGGUCUGAGCGGGAAAGAAUUCCUCAUGCGAGGCCCGCCAAGGACUUAUUUUCGCCACAAACAGAAAAUGAGACCGAACCGUCGAAAAACGCCGACGACAACAAGAAAAAUAAGAAAGAUGAACUUAUUGAUGUUGAUACGGUAGAAGAGGCGCCUCUACAUGGUCCUGGUGCUAUCAAUAUGCAGUAUGAUGUGAUGAAAUCUAAAAUUGUCAUGUCAGAGUGUGAGAAAUAUGUGAGCAGUGCAUCCAGCAAGAGAACACCUGAUACUUGGGAAGAACUUAUUUGUAGGUGAGGAGAUUUUGUACAGAUCCAGGGGUAUUUUAGGUUUGGGAGUUAGGUGGGAGCUCCCCCCAAAUUUCUGGGGGUUUUAUUUGGGGGGAAUUCCCCUCCUAUAGUAACAAACCCAAACAUUAUUUCCUAUGCCUACCCAGACUGGAAAGUUUGGAAAUUGUGCGGGGGAGAUUUCGAAAAUUUAACAAUAAAUAUAUGGAAAGCAUCAAAACUGUGCGGGGAUUUCUCCCCCGCACAAUAUAAACUUUCUACAGUGGAUGCCUACCGAUUUCCAAGUUGAGAGGAUAUGAUUGAUAUCUGGGUUAAUUUGCCAACUGCACCUCCAAGUGAUUACCCAUUUUCAUCUCAAGCUUGUAUGCCUUUAGUUACAACUUACCAGUUUAAUAUUAAUUAAUAAUGAUAUUCAAUAGACUCAUUCUCCCAUUUUGGGGGAAAUGCUCCCCCUGGAAUUUGGGGGGAAUCCCCCCCUGCAAAGUAUCUCUGAUUCCCUGAGAUCAGUUGUAAAAUACUAUGUACAAAGUUACAGGAUUGAAAGUAAAGAAUUUUUACAUAAAAGUUAUAAAACAUGGUGGUUCAAGUUUCCCUGUGGUGUAAGGUGCUAAGGAAACCGUCGUCCAUAUUUGUCAGGGUUGACUACUGUACCUUGUUUGUCGUGGUGAUGUCAAUAAACUUUGCAUUCGGUUUCAUAAUCUCUUAAUAACACGCUACCUGUCACUUCACAACAAAUGCCUAAUGCUAGCUAGUCAGUUUAGUAAAUCAAGGGAAAUCUCUAUCACAUAUAUAUAUAUAAAGAUUUAAAAGACCGGCAUCUUCACACUGUAGCCAAUUAAUAAGAGACUUUCUCUGUUCUGGUUUUAACUGAAUUUCAAAGCCUAAAUACUUGAAAUAUAAGAAAGCUAGGGUUUCCUCGAAAGCAUUAUAGUAAGGGACGGAGCAUUAUAGUAAGGGACGGACCAUUAGAAAAGUGAUUGGAUUCUAGCCAUCAAGUGAGAAAAAAAAUUACCACUAUAGGUGUACAAAAAAAGUAUAUUGCUUCUUAGAGAAUGCCCCCAAUCACUUUUCUAAUGACCUAACAGGCUGCAUAUUUUCGAUACACGAGCAAAAUUAUUGUUGACAUUUGAGUUAUGUAAUUACUUCCGUUAAUGAGAUUACGAAGUUUCUUCGGUCAAGAACAAAUUUGUCAUAGGCAUUUGGGCCGGCAUUCAUUUAAUGACACCCUCUCUCCUCUGCCCACGCUAAAUGCCUGCUACACAAGCUAACUUUAAAGAGGUACGUCUUAACCCCUAAAAUUUUUUCACCUUUUUGGUAUUGGGUGGGAAUGAUAACUAAGUCUAUAAUAAAAAAUUCAUAGAACUGGCUGGACAACACAGCAGAAUGUUUUAUUUGACAAGAUACUGAAGAUUGUGUCUGCUUAUCGUCUGGCAUGGCUGACAUAUCAAGGGGUAAUUAUGAGCAUAUGACAUGUUAUGUAUUUAUGGUUGAACCAUUUGAUAUAUCCAUUAUUGCCACUUAAAGGGUUAAAGAAAAUACUCUACUUUCAAUGACCCUGAAGUAGAGUCGAAAUAUCACCAUAAUUUGUGUCUUUAUGCCUUGUUUCCUGCAUCAGGACGUGUAAAGAAUUGAAAGAAUAAUUUCUGACAAUGUUUGAAUUAUAUUUUAGUCUGCUAAUGAACCUAUCCUCAGAAGAGUAGCUGUUGAUAAAGCCACAAAAAGAGUGAGGCAAAUUUUGAGCAGAAUUGAGUGGGUAAAUAAUAAUUUUUUUAUGCGAGUAUAAAAUUUAGAUGUAACAAUUUUUACAACAUUGUGCACAGGGGGGCGAAACUUGAGGGAGGGGGGGGAUAUGAGGGGGUAGUACCCCCCAAAAUACGAAUCAUCCUGAUUGGCAUGGCAAUCAAAAUGCGAAGAAUUCCAAUAAAAUUAAAUAAAUAAUUAUGAGUACAAUUUUAAGCGAUAGAAUGUAGAGUUAUUAAGUAACUUAUUACAGCUAGCAAACAGUAAGCAGUUCGUAUGCAUGUAUAUUAGCACGUGAUGUAUUCUGCCAGACACCCCCUAAUUAAAAGGGGCUAGUUUUGCUCCUGAUUGUGUGAGAUGUAAAGACUGCCUAAGAAAUGUGAACACCUCAUAAAAUUCACACAAUAAUAUUCUUCAACACUUAAAAUUCUGCACCAUCUGCCUAAAAGCUCCAUCUCCCACUCCAAUUUUCUCAAUGAUCGACUUUUAGGACUCCAGGGCAGAUGGAGUAUUUUAAUUGUGUUCCUGUAUUUGUCCUUAUCUAGGAUACAAAACUAACAACAUGGCUACAUAGUUCAAUGGUAGAUGGUCUCAGCAUUCCAUUAUUAGCAUGUUAUUUGGAUAUUGUCCAAACAUUACGAUCAAAGGUUUGAAAUUACACUAUAUACUUAAAUUAAAUGUACUUAUAAGACAGCCAAAAUUGGUUGAUAAUCUAUUGCAGUAACAGGCUUUCUAAAAUUGCUUGAUCACCUGACAUUAGUACAGUGGCUAGUACACAUGACAUUUGUGACCUGGAAAUUUGGUGUGUGUGGUUCCCUUCCUCCUGAACCCAUGUAAACGGUGACAGACUGGAAUUUAAAUAGAACUGACAGAGCUAUUCAAUUUUGAUAAGUUUAGUACUGCAGAGAACAACGAAAAAUUUGUUGUCUUGAGCAGGAUUCAAACUCGCAUUUUGGGGUGAAGUUUAGUUUAGCUUCUGGUUUUUCAACCCAGUGUGAGCAAGAAGUUGCUAAAGGUUUGCUUGACUGAUUAAUCAAAAAUUAAUACAAUUGUAAGUUGUUACAAUUUUUUAUUUUACAGGUUCCUACAUUAGUUGACAAGAUGAUUACAGGUGGAUCCACUAAUCGUCGUGUUUCAGCUGGCACAACUGACAAUCUGACAGCAUUGUUGAAACGACCAUGGGAUGCAACAGUAGCACUAACAUCCUUUCAGAGACCUGUAAGUUUACCUACAAUCAUGAAAAAUGUUUCUACUGAGUUGAAUCCUAGAUAAACUUCAAAGCAAUCUUCCCAACAGAAGAGAUGAUAAACAUGGACAUAUUUUCCACAAAAUCUUGUCUGGAUCAAUAAAAGUUUAAUAAAUUUUCUAAAGUUUUAUUAACAAACAUGCAGAGGUACACAAACUAAAACUGCUGGUUACAUUUUAACCCAUGGUUAGUGGUGAUCCAGCUUAAGCAACAUGUUGCACCAGGUGUUCAGUCGAACGACAAACAAAGCUGUUGGAAUUAUUACCAGUGCUUUGAGGUUAGACGUUUCACAACAUAAUUCUCUAUUGUCUCUUUUUCAACAGAGAAAAAUCACAGGCACUCCAUUGCUACUGAUUGUACCAGGUGGACCAACAACCAGUGCUACUGGUAAUUCAACAAAGCGUUCUCGUUUCUGGCACCAUCAUCUUUCUCACUUUGGUAAAGUAAUUCCAGUUACCAUGCAUCUUAGUAACAGUGCUAGGGGUGUUUCUGUUGGUCAGUGUCUUGAUCACAUGAUUGGUGCUGUGCAAGCUAAAGUACUCGAGGUGAGUAAAGUCAUUUUGUAUUUAUCAUUAAAUUGCUAAAUAAGCAAUGAAGUCUCAUACCAUUUGUCCCACAUUUUCCUCAGCUAGUAUAUCACAUGGAAUAUACCAGAAAAGUACAAAACAGCCCAUGCUCACUGAUUUACUGUUAAUGCUUUUAAAAUUAAUAUCGCUUUAUGUGAAAGUUGCACAAAAAACUGCCUCGUGUAACAUACAGUAGCCUUUGCGAGAAUGGUUGGAGAUGGAAAAAACAGAAAGGGUAACUCAGCCCAGCCUUAGCAACUAAUUAUUUCCUAAACUGCCCAUAGAAAUAAUUAUUUAGGAUGCAUUAGUAAUAACCAGUGUGAUUUAUAACAGAGCUCAGGAUUAUAUAUUUUGUUGUUUUAGCUGAAAAACCACUUUCCUAACCGUCCUGUUGUUCUUAUUGGUUGGGCAACUGGAGCUUUGGUAUCCUUACAGGUGAGUUUUUAAUUAAACAUACUCAUGUUUACGUAUAUUUUUUAUGUAUUUAUACUGUACAUGACAUGUAUGUAAAUGUCCAGUCCUACUACUAGCAUAUAUCUUUAACAACCAUCAAAUGUGUGGGAAAAUAAAGUCAUUUGAAUUAGUGAGGUGCAAAAAACUGAAAAAAAACUACUAGAGAGCUGUAGACUCAAGUCAUGUGACUUGGACUCAAGUCGCAAUUUUAGUGAUUUAUCAGUUUGACUGUUACUAUGUGAUCGUGAGCUAAUGUUGACAUUGUAGUGAUCUCACUCGAUUGAAUAAUAUUUGAUGGGUAUUGUAUAUGGAAAUUGUCGAUUCCUGCCAGGGACCUAAACUCCUAAAGUUGCAUUUUUUGCAGCUACGGUAGUUAGAUCUAAUAAAUGUAUAUAAAUUUCCACUCGACAACUUCUAAGGACAUGUCUGCUAUCUUUCAGGUAUCAUUAAAAGAAUCCGUAUGUGCAGUUGUCUGUCUUGGUUUUCCCCUCCUGGGAGUGGAAGGAAUACGUGGGGUAAGUAUAAGCUGACCACUGAGCCAUAACCCCCUCCCCCCGUCAAGCGAGAAUGAGAGUUGGCAGUCAUGCAUUGUUACAGGGGACAUUUCAAGCUCUAGAUAAACAAAAUAAAGCUUUGAUGAGUGCCCAACUAUAUGUUUUAACUUAAAUAAAAUACAUGAUAGUUUUGGGAAAGCAUUAAGAACAGCUGACCGUUUGUUUGAAGAGCAUUAAGAACAACCAAGCUCGCGUGACUGUGAUUGUUGUUACACUUCUUCUGUAUUUUUCAGGGUGCAGGCGAUCCGCUCCUUGAUAGCAAAACACCAACCAUGUUCGUAUUUGGUUCGCUUUCUACUUCGUGUUCGUUGCCGGAUAUUGAGGUUUGUAUAAGUUUUAUAGAAAUAUUCUCUGCCGUGCGAGGGGCAGUUCCUAUAACUGCGCAUACAGUACAGUAUAUACAGUAACUGUACCUAACCAUAGUCCAUGAAUUCUUAGUAGUUUUUUUAUGUGUUUGUUUUAGGAGUUCCGCACGAGAUUGUUGGCUGAUACCAGUUUACUUGUAAUUGGCGGAGCUGACGACAAGGUAAAGCUUGACAGAUUAAUUACAAUUCAACUGAAGGCUCAACUAAACUAGAUAGCUCUAUCAGUUCUAAACUGAUCUACCUAGAGUUUACGUAAGAGUCAUAUCUCAUUGAUCCGAUGUUACUAUGAGAGGGGAGUGGGAAUUUAGAUUGCCAACGUAUUACCAUUCUUUUGUUGCUGCAAAUCUCAACUUUGUUUGCCUUAAUUUUCAUGUAAAUUUGCUUCAUUUAUAGCCUACCAAUACCCCCUUCCCCCACUGAGCGCCACUGUGCCUUUUGCGUCAAACUGAAGGAAUUUUGCUUUUUCUGUAGCUUCGUCUAACCAGCGCAAAAAAGAAAAAGGAAGGUGUUACCCAGUCGGUGGUGGACAGAAGAAUUAUGGUAAGUCAUACGAUUCAGGGUUAUACAGUACUUACCUUUAUUACUAAGGAGAGAAGAGGGGUUAAUUACUUUCGCGUUCUGACCCCUUAAUAAUCUGUACUAAUUGUUUAUAUGAUUAUUUUUCAAACUGAAAGAAUAUUAAAGCCACGGUAUUCUCUAAUUCUACCCCAUAUAGGAUGAUAUUGGUGAAUUCCUAAACAAAGCUGUUUCUAGCAUGAACGACGAUUCACAUCCCAGGUUGGACUACUUUGAUUUUGAUGACGUCGAAAAUCGACGCAAGAAACCGAAAACUGAGUAUCGGAAACGGCCGGCCGGAGAUCGCACGGGGUCGGCAACAGCCCCUAAGAAACCUCGGGGACGAACCCCCAAGGCAACUAAUGGUGAGGGGAAUGUGGCGAAGAAACCAAAAACUGUCAAAACUGCCAAAAAGCCCCCGGUAAAUAAACCGGCCGUACUUGUCCCAGGGACUGGUCAAACAGGUCAAGCACCAGGUGCGCCAGCAGUUCGUCCCACCGGAAGUAUUCCAAUUGCGCCAUUACGAGGCACACACCCCACAAUCCCUAGCGGUAUCCUUCAAGGCGUUCCGCUAACCAGUGUCAGUGUGCCCAUAUCUGCUGUUGGAGUUCCACUCACCGGCAUGCCUGUAUCUCGGGUUAGUAUACCUGGAGUCCGUUUAUCUGGUGUUAAUAUUCCGGUAUCUGCUGUCAAUGUUCCGGUAUCUGCAGUGAUCAAGCAAGGAUCGUUGGGCGGAAGGUCUUUCGUAUUUCCUGGGGCAGUCAGUGGGUCUGCUAACCCUGGGGUAACCACCUCCGGUAUAACGACCAUGGGAACUUCAGGUAACACCCAUCAUCUGAAGAUUGUUGUGAACCCCUCCGCGGAUGGUGGUAUACAGCUCACUGGUCCAUCGAAGUCUGGACUAUCAUCUGAAUCUCACGCAACAUUGCAGUACAAGACUGCUAUCGUAACUGCCCCUCUUCCCAAUAAAACCUCCGCCUCUCUCAAAGCGACCACUGCGAACACCACCUCACAAACUUCAACCAUCUCCACUACUACCAACUCAAGUUUAUUGAGCUCACUACCUAUCACGUCAUCACCUCGGACGUCAUCUACCACGUCAUCAACCACAGUCAAUGUUUCCCAAGCCUCGACUACCAGCUCUAAACCAAUCGUUGUGUCUCGGACUGUGGUCACUGUUCCCAAGUCUGCCGUGAUCGGCGGGCAAACUCAAUUUGUAGUGCAUCAAGGGCAAUUGUCGGCGGUUGGUAAACAGGCCAGCAUGCGGCCGUCUUCCCAUGGCAACCCACCUACCCAACACAAAGUAGCACCCCAAGGUACACGUGUGAAUACGUUCUCUAGUGCAAAACCUCAAACCACUUUGUCCAGCACAGCGUCUAAACAAACAACCUUGUCCAGCACAGCGUCUAAACAAACCACCGUUCGUGUUAGUCAUGCGGGAUCCCUACAGUCUUCUACGAAUCUCGCGAGAAAGUCCCCAUCAACUCAAUCUAUGGCACGUACCAUUCAAGUCGGAGUGAAACGCACGGUCUCGUAUAACCCUUCGACGGCAUCGAAAAAUGUGACUGUAGUGUCCAGGUCCCUUCCCGCCGAGGCGCUCACGUCUCAUGCGUCUAACGUCAGCCACAUAAAUCUCGAACGUUUAAAAGCAAAACUCAAAACGAUUCAAAAUUUGACUGGACUGCAAACUGGCAGCCAAAUUGGAGCGGUGCAGAUGAAGGCAUCUCAAACUUUGACUAACCCAGCCAGCACGUCAGUGCAACAUAUUAAGUCUAGAAAUACUGCGCAAUCUUCAACGCGAACUAUCGACGGAACUGGUGCGCAGACCACUUCCAAAUUAAUAACACAGGCUGGUUCCCAGUCAUCUACACAAUCGAGUGCGUCGACCUCGGGACAGGGCAACUCAAGAUCCGGUGCGCAAGCUAUACCGAUGACAACUACACAAACCACGACGAAAUUAAAUACUCAAACUGUAGCAUCGGCUGCCGCAAGCACUACGCCAAAAUCAAGUUCGCAAACUGUUCAAUCUUCCACGCAAGCCUCAUUAUCAAGUGUGCGUCCUGCUGUGGCAGUUAUUGAGAAAUCAACUGCACAAGCAUCUCCAAAAGCUUCUACGCAACUAGUUCAAACCACUGCGCCAACGGCUGGGAAACCAGUCGAGCAAUCCAUUAAGCACAUCGCCCCGCUAGUGACCGGAAAGCCGAGUGUCAUGUCGAUUGGAAAAUCGAAUCCCCAAUCGACUACCAAACCAACCACGCACUUUAUUCAAGUCCCAGCAUCUGCCAAAUCAAGUGCGCUAAAUGCUGCCAAAGCAAGCGCGCAAACUUCAAGCUCACAAACUUCAAGCGCACAAACUUCAAGCGCACAUAAUGCCCAAAGUACAGUACAAGUCGGUACGCAGUCAACUCCGUCGUCAAGUACAACACCACGUGCGACAAGCACGGUUUCACACGCGACAAGUUUGACUUCGCAUGCAACAAGUACGACAACCACUAUAUCUCAGAAAGAGGAACCAAUAGGCGAGCUAGCAGAUAAAAGCGCUGAUGUUCACGCUGACCAAUCAGAAUCCAGUUUUACGUCGGGCUCAAAAUCUAACGAGGAAAAGUUAGCUGAGAAAAUCAACGAUAUCGUGAACGAGGUGGUCGGUGGAAAACUAAGAACAACGAGACAGUCAGUACGUCGUCUGGUUGCCGCAGCCAAGUUGGCCGAAGAACAACACAAACGUGGAGAAAUUGGUGACGGUAGUAAAGACCAAAACAAGUAGUGGUAGGAACUUUUUAUUGAUAUAUACAGUAAAAGCCCGUAAGAAGAGUCGCUGCAUUUUGACGUUAAACUUCUCCCAUUACACUUAUACUGUAAUUGCUAUCUAAAAGUUUCCAAUUUUGAUCAAAUGUCUUUGUCUGAUUUUGCCUUGGCAAUAGGGCCACUUUAAAUGGGAGAAUUGGGGGUAACGGAGGAACGGGGAAUAUCAUAUACUCCUUAAUAUAAAGAUCUUUAAUUAAAGGGGGAAUAUAUCGGCCCCCUUUAAUUAAAGAUCUUGCAAAGAUCACUCCGCUGCGAAUUUAUCGCGGUGACAAAAGUAAUGGAGAUAUUAUUAGCAGUAUAUUUAACAAAUAUAAAACAUUUUUCCGUGUUAAUUGAUAUACAGUUAUAUCAGCACGAGUGGAAAUUGGGAAAACGAGAAAUUGUGUGGAAAGGCGGAGUGUUUUCACACAAUUUCGAGCUUUCCCAAUUUCAGCGAGUGUUGAUAUAACUGUUAUCAAUACGGAAAAAAUGUUUUAUAUUUGUUUUAUAAUAUAGCACAAAGAAAUAUAGAGAAAGAAGUUUUCCGACGUUUCCGUGUUGACAUUGAGUUAUAUCAACACGGCUCUUAGCCAAUCAGCGUUCAGAAUUUACAAAUGCUAUAUUAUAAAUCAACGUAUUUACCAAUUUCGAUGUUUUCAGUAACGAAUUAAAAAUUAAAUUUAAAAUUUCAACAAUUAAAAAGAAGCUUCAUAUUAUUUUUUUAUUGUUCUUUAAUACUAUAAACAAAAAUAUAAAUUUCAUUCUAUAUUCACUUAAAAAGUGGUAUGGUACCAAAAAUUGAGCGUAGUGUAAACGGGGCUUUAGAUAAUUAGUUGCAUGUACUUCCAUCUAAUAUCCCAAUUUUCAUGAAUAACUAAUCACAAAUUCUGGAUACGAUUGAUCAUUUUCAAACACCACAAACAUUACGGGGUUAGCCGUGUUAUCCACACACGAAUGAUACAAUUCAUAAGGCUUGUUCGGAUCUCUGGCUGGUGGUCGCACUGUGUUUGAAUUACCAACAACAUACAAACCAACGAUAACUUUAUUCAAAAACAUCAUUUUGUGGCCUGUAGUUGGUGACACGCUCGAAUAUCCGUCGGAAUAUGAAGCAUUUACGGCAAAAUACGAUCCCUUGCCGCAGGCUGUUCCAUGAGGACCAUUAACCCGCCAAUCAAAACCUUGCUGGCAUAUCGCUUUCACGGCGUUCUCGUUUGUUCCGUGAAAUAGCUCUCGCACUUCAACUGGCCUGCCUAAUUUUCGUGAAAGCUUGGAUAAUUUCCUGUUGAAAUAGAAAAUAUAUAAACUGUAGGGAACUAGCCUGUGAUGAAUUGUGCCCACCUGGGACUCAAAUUGCACAUAGC